AUGCUUCGAACAUUAGCGACGCGCCUCCCCCGGCGCGCCGCCUCGACGACGACCGCCGCCGCUCCCUCCCGACUCUCGACCGCAUUCCGCAGCCGCCCCUCCACCACACAAUCCCGCCGCGCGCUCGCGACAAUCAUCGACCCCAUCCCCAAGGAACCGACAGACCUCGACGCCAUCACAACCCUCCCCAACGGCCUGCGCGUCGCCUCCGAAGCCCUCCCCGGCUCCUUCUCCGGCGUCGGCGUCUACGUCGACGCCGGCUCCCGCUACGAGGAUGCCGGCCUCCGCGGUGUUAGUCACAUCAUGGACCGCCUCGCCUUCAAGUCCACAAGCAAGCGCUCCGCAGACGACAUGAUCGAGCAGGUCGAGGCCCUCGGCGGGAACAUCCAGUGCGCGAGCUCCCGCGAGAGCAUGAUGUACCAAGCCGCCACCUUCAACGGCGCCGUGCCCACCACCAUCGGCCUCCUCGCCGAGACGAUCCGCGACCCCAAGUUGACCGAGGACGAGGUCGCCGAGCAGCUGCUCACCGCGGAGUACGAGAUCAAGGAGAUCUGGAGCAAGCCGGAGCUCAUCCUCCCCGAGCUCGUGCACACCGCCGCCUUCAAGGACAACACCCUCGGCAACCCCCUCCUGUGCCCCGAGGACAGGCUGCGCAGCAUCUCGAGGGACACCAUCCUGCGGUACCGCGACCUAUUCUACCGCCCCGAGCGCAUCGUCGUCGCCUUCGCGGGCGUGGAACACAAGGAGGCCGUGCAGCUGGCGACGCAAUACUUUGGCGACAUGAAGGCCUCAGAACCCGCCGCCGCCGCGAUCUCGAGGACCGGUUCCGAGACGGACCUCUCCUCCCAGUCCUCAGAAUCCGAAGCCUCUUCGACGACAUCCUCAACAUCCUCCUCCCCCGUCCAACAACCCUCUAAGCUCCUCUCCAAAGUACCCUUCUUCAAGAACCUCUCCACCUCGGCGCCCACCAACGCCGCCGUCCAGAACAACACCACCCCGCUCACAUACGACAUCAACUCCCCCGCCCACUACACCGGCGGCUUCCUCUCCCUGCCCCCGCAGCCCCCCUCCAACAACCCCAACAUGCCGACCUUCACCCACAUCCACCUCGCCUUCGAGGGCCUCCCCAUCUCCUCCUCCGACAUCUACGCCCUCGCCACCCUCCAGACCCUCCUCGGCGGCGGCGGCUCCUUCUCCGCCGGCGGGCCCGGCAAGGGCAUGUACUCCCGCCUCUACACCAACGUCCUCAACCAGCACGGCUGGGUCGAGUCCUGCGUCGCCUUCAACCACUCCUACACCGACUCGGGCCUCUUCGGCAUCUCCGCCUCCUGCGUCCCCGGCCGCACCGCCUCCAUGCUCGACGUCAUGUGCCGCGAGCUCCGCGCCCUCACCCUCGACACGGGCUUCUCCGCCCUGAAGGCCGGCGAGGUCGACCGCGCCAAGAACCAGCUCCGCUCCUCCCUCCUCAUGAACCUCGAGUCCCGCAUGGUCGAGCUCGAGGACCUCGGCCGCCAGGUCCAGGUCCACGGCCGCAAGAUCCCCGUCACAGACAUGUGCCGCGCCAUCGAGGACCUCACCGUCCGCGACCUCCGCCGCGUCGCGCGCCUCGUCGUCGGCGGCAUGGUCGACAACGGCGGCGGCGGCAGCGGCGCGCCCACCGUCGUCCUCCAGGAGGCCCAGGCGCAUGGCGUCAGCACGCACUCGCUCACGUGGGACAAGAUCCAGAAUACCAUCUACGAGUGGCAGCUCGGGAAGAGGUGA